CAAGCAUCAAAGCCCGCUCGCAACAAAUAACGCAAAAUUUCUUCUCGCUGAUUCUAUUGCAUCCCGCAGUUGCGAAGGAGCAUGUAAGAAAAAAGAGACUGAAAACAAGUCAAGAAGAAGUAAAAGAGACCCUAACCUAUCAUCUUCACCAUUAUUCCAACUGAGUUUUAUUCAGGGACCCUUCUAACCUUUUGGGUCCAGUUCAAGUUCAAUGGGUCCUAAGCAAUGUCAAAUCUGCCAAAAAGCUCAGUCUAAAUACAAAUGCCCUAAAUGCUACUUAGCUUAUUGCUCACUGGUCUGUUUCAAGAAACACAAAGAGCUUCCAUGUGUCGAUCCAACACCUUCAGCACCAAAAACAACUGCUGCGGAAUUACCUGUAGAAAAGCCAUCAGUUGUGGAUAAUACUGUUUUGGAAGCAGUUGUUGAAAAACCAUUAGUUGUUGAUAAAAGAGGCGAGGUGUUGGACCGAUUCCAAUUGGAGGCUAUAGCUUCUUCUAGUGAGAUUCGUGACGCUUUGAAUGAUAAGGCCCUUCAAGAACUAGUUUGCCGCGUUGAUUGUUCCCCAAAUGCGGAGAAUGAACUUGAUAAAGCUAUGGAAGAUGAGGCAUUUCGCUUGUUCACAAACAAGAUUUUAUCAACUAUCAACCCCUAAACGAAGAAUGAAGAGUUUGUGGACAAAAGUCAGAUAUGAAAGUAAUAGAAGAUAGCUUCAAAAGUUUCUGGUUUUGUUAAUCAGUAUUUUGUUUUUUUUCUUCAUUUGUACAGCUGUCUUGUUAUUCAGCAUUUGUACCUUCAUUGAGCUCAUGUAUUGGCAUCAAAUUGAUUUUGGUACAUUUGGAUUUCUUGCAUGUAUAAUAUAUCCCAAACCUGUAA